UUUUUGGUCUAAUAUUAUUGAGAAUAAUAUUAAUAGGGUGAAUGUCACGGAUACGAUAUUCAAGAAAUUCUGGUGUAAUGGCACUGACCUUAAAAAUAUGGAUUCAGGUAAAUCUGCAGAGUAUCCUCAUCAGCUUCUUCCCCAUUGUCUUGGUCAGGAAUAUUCAACUUUCCGCUAAUUCACUCCUUUCACUAUCACAGUGUUGAUACUCUUGCCGAAAAGAGAAUAAUUGAUCUGAUCACAAUAAAGGAGGCUUUUGGAUAGCUAAAAACCUGAAGAACCUCCAAAAACCCCAAAAAAGAACAUCAAGCCGUCUUACAAUCCCAGCGGUAGGACUCUGCAAGCCUCCUACCUCAGCUUUGCUUACUAGCUAACUCGGAUUCCCCUCCAUUUAAAUUUUAUAUAAAUCAAUUAAUCUC